AUGGCUAUUACUACAUUACAUAUAGGCCAAAAUAAAUGCUGCUGUGGAAGACCCUAUCCUGAGCAAUAUAUGUUUUUGGCGAACGACACUGCAAUCUUGGCUGUCGAUUUAACGACGCUAGAUUCAACAUUCGUCGUAGAUGGAAAAAGUUAUAUACGGACGCUGGACAUUGACAUGAAGAAUAAGAAAAUAUAUUUUGCGAAAGAAAAUAAAGAAAUUCGUCGGGCAAAUUAUGACGGAACUUAUGAAGAAAUCGUUGUGAAGGAUGCUAAGACACGGGCAUUAACAAUUGAUUGGAUAGGACGUCGUAUAUUCUGGAGUGAGGGAGUAACAAUUUAUCGGAUGGGACGUCGUAUAUUCUGGAGUGAUCCUCGGAAGACUAUCAUUAACGUGGCGACUUUAGACAGUAAAGACAGCAGGACGCUGAUUAAAACACGCGAGCCUUGGGAUAUAGCAAUUGACCCCAUCCAAGGAUAUUUAUUUUGGACCGAGUUAAAUGAUGGAAAGGUAAUGAGAAGACACUUGGCUACAAACAAUGACAAACAAAUAUAUGAUUUAAACAUAAAUGAUUAUUACGAUCUGGCUCUGGAUUACAACAGGAAGCGAGUGUACGCGUACGAGGGAGUGGGAACAAUUAAUGUCAUAAUUGAAAUGGAUUACGAUGGCCGUAAAAGCAAUCAGACAACUAAUUACGGUUCAGCUGAUCAUUUCGGAGGGAUGUCAGUAGACGUUAUUGGAGAUUUUCUUUACUGGAAAGAAAGAAUUUCACCCAUUAUCAUAAAAAUGAAUGUCACCAGCAGAGAUAUAUUUCGUUAUAUUCCGUUACCAAAAGGCUUCGACGUGAGAAAGCUUCUCGUCGUAGACAAAGAUCGACAACCUGAAGGUAAGUUCGCACAUUCUUGUAAAUGGUAGUGUAAGGUUCACUUCUUGAAUUCGCUUUUAGGUAAGGGACCAAACAGGAAUUAGAAUAAAUCUUCCGUGGAAAAAAUAUUUUCCUCGCCCGCACACACGCAUCAUUUUGCAGUUUCAUGCAUAUUAGC